CAAAUGUGCUCCACAGGAUGCUUUUCUCCACACAGUGGACCAAACCAAAGCAACAUUUCAAUUUCUCUGAAAUGUCCUCGGACACCAUGUCUCUGAUUAUUCAACAUGCCUAUGCAAGACCUGUCCAGAUUACUGAAGACAACGUGUGCGAGCUCCUAGUGGCGGCUGAUCAGUUAUUAAUCUCCGGUCUCAUUGAAGCCUGCUGCAAGUUCCUGGAGGCAAACUUAUCCCUGCAGAACUGCAUCGGCAUCUGGGCGUUCACUGAGCGUUUCCACUCCUGCACAGAGCUCCACCGCAAAGCCAAGUUCUACGUUUUACAGCAUUUCCAGGAGGUACAGCAAGUGUCCGAGGAGUUUCUACAACUUCCUCUGGAGCUGCUUGAGAAUAUGAUCGGUUGCGAUGAGCUGAAUGCUAAAAAGGAGGAGGUGGUUUUUGAGGCGAUUCUCCGCUGGAUUAAUCAUGAUCCAGAAAACAGGAGAACUCACAUCACUGCGCUUCUCUCAAGGGUUCGACUGGGCUUGAUGUCACCAGAGUACUUCAUGAACAACGUGAGAAAUAAUCCUCUAGUGUUGGAGAAUGAGGCCUGUUCCUUUAUUAUCAUCAAUGCAAUGAAGGUCAUUUUUGACCUCCAUGUGGAACCCACCAGCUCUGGCCUCGUAAGUUAUAUGACACGCCAACGUAUGCCUUCUGAGGUCCUAUUGGCCAUUGGCGGGUGGAGCAUUGGCAAUCCAACCAAUGGGAUUGAGGCAUACGAUGCAAGGGCGGACUGUUGGAUAGAUGUGACUGUGGAGAAUGAGCUUCCCAGAGCCUAUCAUGGCGUGGCGGUCCUCGAUGGCUUCGUCUACUCUGUUGGUGGAUUUGACAGCGAGAAUUAUUUCAGCAGCGUCAGGAAAUUCAAUCCGGUCACUCAUAUUUGGCAUGAGGUGGCUCCCAUGUACGAACGGCGGUGUUAUGUUAGUGUCGCUGUUCUGGACGGCCUCCUUUAUGCCAUUGGUGGAUUUAAUGGACAUGCACGCCUGAAAACAGCAGAGUGCUACAAUAAAAACACCAACCAGUGGACACAGAUAUCACCCAUGAGUGAGCGGAGGAGUGACUCCAGUGCCACCUCACUGCACGGCAAGAUUUAUAUCUGCGGUGGUUUUACUGGGGUUGAGUGUCUUUUCACUGCUGAAAGCUUUAACCCUGAAACAAACCAAUGGAGCCUCAUUGCGCCCAUGGGGACCCGCCGCAGUGGAGUCGGCGUCAUCACUUUUGGGAACCUAAUUUAUGCUGUUGGUGGUUUUGAUGGUUCCAGCCGUCUGCGAAGUGUCGAGGCCUACGAUCCUCACACUGACUCCUGGCAUGACACCGAAGCUAUGAUCAACACGCGCAGCAACUUCGGCAUUGAGGUGCUGAACGACCAGCUGAUAGUUGUUGGUGGGUUUAAUGGAUUCAGGACCUGCUUUGAUGUCGAGAUUUACAACCAGAGUACAAAUGAAUGGGUUGAAGUGUGCAACAUGAACAUUUCCCGAAGUGCUCUGAGCUGCUGCGUGAUCUCUGGCUUACCUCAAUGCCUGCAGUAUGUGUUUGAUAGAGACUCUCUGCAGAUACUAGAGGAAGAGUCUGAUGGAUCAAACCAAGAAUGAAGACACAU